UGGAGAUAGUAUUUUUACUAAGAGAUUCAAAUUUUGCGAUGUGAAUGACGAGAAGCCUCUGCAGAAGUAAGUGGAUCCACCGGUGCUGGCAUUACUGCCACAAUACAGGUGGCUAUGGAAGGUUAUCUCCAGACCGUGUUACCCCAUCUUCUUUAGCAGACUUCAUUCACGGGUGCAACAGGGACAGCCCAGCGGAGAUCCACCAGACGCACGCUAAGAUUGGCUUCAGCCGGCCGACAAAAAACCACCUGACACAGUUAAAUCUGGCGAAGUCAGAUCACCACGCAGCCACUUGUUUUGAUCUAGCCAUCGUCGGUCAUCCAUGCUCGCGUCAGCCGCCGGUUUGUUCAUCAGGCACAGUCAUAAAUGAAGCCAAUCAAGCCGACCAUGCCACUGACUUCCUUCGACCUACGCGACUGGAUUCCUAUUCGAUUAAGCCAAUCAACCCUUCAAUUACCCUGGCUACUGUUCUUGGUGUUGGGAAUGUUGUUCUAAAUCUCCUUGUAAUCUCGUAGUUUGUAAACUUUGUGUAAACUAUUGUUGUUAAUAAAACAAGUGUUAUUUUACAAGCAUAUAUUCAAUUCAA